GAGCAACAGCGGUACGUCGGGAGCGAGCAAGUUGCUGCGUGGAUUUGCCGGAGCUGCACACAACUUGAGAACCAGAAUGAUGAGAAGAGGAUGAAUCUUCCAGGUCAUCUGAGACAUCCACGUGUCUUUGCUGCUGUCCCUCCCCGACAGCCCUCUUGUCCCACUGGGGCACCAUCUGCCUCCCCACGCUCCCCCCCUUGCCCCUGCCUGGGUCCCUCCCCCCUCCCCUGCCCCCAGUAGUGGCCAUCCCAGAGGGGAGGAAAGGCGAGCCAGCCCCUGUAAAUAUGCCUGGAUGGAGGUCUCAGUGGCGUCUCGUCCUGCUGAACUCCCUGACCUGUGGCCUGGAGAUCUGUGUGGCAGCUGGGAUCACAUACGUGCCCCCACUGUUGCUGGAGGCUGGAGUGGAGGAGCGCUACAUGACCAUGGUGCUAGGUAUUGGUCCAGUGCUCGGCCUCCUGUUUAUCCCUCUGAUUGGCUCAGCUAGUGACCACUGCAACAGCAGUUAUGGCAGAAGGCGGCCUUUCAUCUGGCUGCUGUCUUUGGGGGUCCUUCUGGCACUUUUCAUCAUUCCCCAUGCUGACGUCCUGGCUGCCCAUUUUGCCUGGGGUGGGCGCACCCUCCAGGUGGGCUUCCUUAUCCUUGGGGUGGGACUCCUUGACUUUUGUGGACAAGUGUGUUUCACACCGCUGGAGGCUCUUUUGUCUGACCUGUACCGGGACGAAGAGGACUGCGGCCAGGCCUUCGCCAUGUUCUCCUUCAUGGUCAGCUUGGGAGGAUGUGUGGGUUACUUGCUACCUGCGCUGGACUGGAGUCGUAGCCUGCUCUCUGUUUACUUAGGAGGCCAGGCUGAGUGCCUCUUCUCGCUUCUAAUCCUCAUCUUCAUCUCCAGCGUGCUCAUCACCAUGAAGGUGUCCGAGGAACCCUCGUUUGCCAGCAGUGGCAUGACGGGGUCUGGAUCUUUACUGGAGUCUGGGGCUGGUGCGAUGGAAGCCGGCCGGUGCGGCGUGCCGCGCUCAUGCUGCUACCUGCUGAAGUGCAAGCUGAGGCUACUAAAGUCUGGUCCCCUGCUGUGCUUACUGAGAACAUGCUGGUCCAUGACCCCGGCCAUCUACAGGAGCUACUGCCACGUCCCUCGAGUGAUGAAGCAGCUGUGUGUGGCUCAGCUCUGCAGCUGGAUGGCUGUCAUGUCUUUCAUGCUUUUCUACACAGACUUUGUGGGGGAAGGCCUGUACGAGGGCGUGCCCAGUGCAUUACCAGGAAGUGAGUCCAGGCAGCGAUACGAUGAAGGUAUCCGUAUGGGCAGUCUGGGCCUGUUCCUGCAGUGUGCUACCUCAACCUUCUUCUCCUUGGCCAUGAGUCGUUUGGUUCGCCACUUUGGCUCACGAUGGGUCUACCUGAGCAGUAUGGUGAGCUUCACACUCUCUGCUUUGGUCAUCUGCCUGUCCAAAAGUGUGGUCCUGGUCACUGUAAUGGCAGCUCUCACUGGCUAUGCAUACGCUACGCUGCAGACUCUGCCUUACACACUCACCUGCCAUUACCACAAGGAGAAAGAGGUCUAUAUGCCAAAAAGGAAAACCAAAAACAUACAUAAAAAUGGUAUUACAGCCAAGCGAGAUGCUGUUUAUUUGACUCCUGUGGAAGAGGAGGGUGGACUGAACCACAAAACGGGGGCUCCCUACGGGCAUGCCUUCUUCAGCCAAGACAGUUAUGAGUACUACCCCAGCCCACACAGCCAGAACGGCUCCUCUCAUGCCUCCAGUGGCACUGAACAGGAGGAGGUAGAGUUGGGGUAUGAGAAACGUGGCGUGGGUUUGGACUUUGCCAUCUUAGACAGCACCUUCCUCCUCUCUCAGGUUUUCCCCACCCUCUUCAUGGGCAUGAUCGUUCAGUUCGCACAGUCUGUCACUGCCUACAUCGCCUGCUCUGCCAUCUUUGGUGCUGUCGCCAUCUACCUGGCCAGUCAAAUUGUCUUUGACCAGAAGGACCUCAGGAGCUGAGGUUUAGAUGGAAAAGACGUGGGAGUGAUGGAAUCAUAAAUAAUCAAUCAAUCAUUCAGGUCCCGUGGGUUGAACUCAGCAGUGCACUACUGUUCCCAGAAUGCCUUGCUAUGAUUCGAUUGCACGCUUGCUUUUAUGAAAGCCAUGCGUCAAGGAUAUGCGUGUGUGUUGUCAGCAUGUGGCGAGGUAUGAGAGAAAGUGGCAGACGACAGAAGUUAUCACAAGAGACGUGUCAUCUGUCGAUGCCGUUUCCGAGUUUUCCGAACAGGGAUUGUUACCUGCCACCUGAAGAGUCAACACCCACUGUGUGCCCAGGACAGGUGUGGUUCUCUCUGUACUGUAUGCUGUUGAAUUCUAUAGAAAUCUCUCUAACAAACCUUUUGUUGCGACAUCUUUUCUGUCCAUUGUCUUUUUCCUCAGGUACCACCAAACAGAUUUACUGUAGAACUCAUCAACCUCAGAUACACAGCUUCUAACCUUUUUAUGUUUUUUUUUAUGGUCCUGUCCACAGUUUUCCACAAACUACAGUCUGGUUCGUAUUCAAAACAAAACUUUAAACGCAGUAUCGGCUUGUACCGACUCAUCUGCAGCACCACUGAGCUGGUGUGGAGCCCGGUCAUCAUCUUAUUGAGGCAGGUCAUGUGUUUCCUCCUAAGAAUGGAUAAAUUAAUGCAUUCUUUCUACCCAUUCAGAAAACAGAAUUACAAGUGGGAUUGUUGGACUUUUCCUUCCAAGAUGAAAAACGCACUUAAAGGGGUCCCAUGGAGAUUUUGCCUUGCAGCUCUGUAUAGCUGGGGGACUUGCAAGAGACAGAAUGGUCAGAAUAUCUUGUCUUUUAGUCCUUACAACUGGUCAAGCUCCAAAAACGCAAUUUAACAUCGUCCUUCAUUAGACUACCUGUUAAAUGCCAUCAUCAUUCAAGCUUCACGAUGAUAAGAUGUUAUUAUAAAACCACUUUUCCAGCUGAGAAGUAUCUGUGACAGGUAAGCUGACCAUUAAGUGUGAAACUGGUGGAACAGCCCUUUAAAAAUUCACCCGUAUCCUGAUAUUGCCCUGCCCCAAAAUCUAGUGUAAUCUGCUACAUAAUGAACAGUUUUACUGCAGAUAUUUUGUAUACAAAGCCUGACUGUACAUCCCUAUGGGACCUCAGUUAUGCAAUCUGUUGAGGUGAGGUUAUCGACUGUGGUGGUUUAAGAACGAAUUUGUGUACUGGAACUGGAAUACUGCGUCAAACGUCCUCUGUCUAGAUAAUCAAGAGUCGUCUACUUAAGUGGGCCACUCAUCCUGUCCAGCAAUGCUUCUGAUCAGGACAGUCGUCUCAGGUUAGUACCCUGUUUUAGUGUCCCAUCCUGCCUUGUGUCAAAAACACUUUCCCCUCUGACUAAACGCUCGUGUUUUAUCGUAUUCUCAAAUGACAAUCUAGGACAUCCACAUGGGCUUUUUGUCUAAUGCUGUAUGUGAACAGUUAAACGUGCAGGAUGAUGUCUGAGGCCCACUUCAUAGCACCCAUUCCUGAAAAGACCAAAAACAAGUCCUGCAGUAAAUGGAAACAUUUGGUUACUGAAAAAGAUGCGAGAGAAGGCACUGUAUAUUGAUGGGCUGAAGGCCAAGCUGAGUUAAGAUGGGGCCUGAGUGUGUGUGUGCGUGUGUGUGUGUGUAUACAUAUAUAUAUAUAACAUGGAGGUCAGACAGUGAGAAAGUAAACUGAGUAAUAUAAAAGUGUGAGGCUGGUGAGAAGUGAUGUGACUGGAGUGAGUGCAGUUUUUCAUAUUGGUUAUAGCAAACUGUGUUGACCUCAGCCCAUAUGAUAUUGUAUGUUGCAAUGUAUUGUGGCCUUUAGCUGAGCUGUUCAGAGCGGCCGGUUGGUGUAAACACCAUGCUUCUGUCGCAGCUGGUAAAUGAGCUCAUUUGAGUGUUUUGUAUCCAGGUUGUCUGAUCCUACACGAGCGGUGAUGCAUUAGGUUCAGCAGAUGCAAAAAGUCCUGAAGGAUCUUAUUGCCUGCGGUGUGCUCAGCAUGGGAGAAGUAAAAAUGGCAGAGGAUUUGUUUGUCAUGUUGACACUACUGCUGAGCAGAAUGCUUAAAAAGAAUAAAUACCCCCGCCCCCUCCCAAAAUAAAAAUGCACAGGGAAAUAUUGCCUAGCAGUAGGUGAAGUCUCAUAAAAAAAAAAGGUUGUUUUACAAGUGCCUGUACAUUUUUCAAACAUUUUUUGUACAUAUGUAUUUAUUUAUUACACUUUUAUUACAAAUAGCACGUAUUAAACUAUUGGCCUGUUUGGCAUCUUUCAUAGGUGCAAGGGUGAAGUUUCUGUGAAAAAGAUAAAUUAUUUGUAUAGAUGUGGUAUAGAAGCAUCCUCAAAGCUAUAAUUUAUUUUAACAUUUACCCACUUUAUCCUGUAGCUUUGGUAACAUCACAGAGCCUAUUGCUGAUGUCUGCUGUCGGUGUGCAUCAAAUCAGCUGCAGAUGACAAUACUUUAUAUAUUUUCCACCUGUGGUCGUCAUCCAUAUGUCUUUUAUGAGCUGAGCAUUUUAUUCCUGUCACACCUCUCAGAUGUUUGGUGACUUUUUUUUUCUGGUGCAGCUUGUUCAAACAAGAAACCUCGUCAUUUUGUCAGUACUGCUUUAUCUGGGUCUUAUAUAACCACUUGUUUCUUCUUAUCAGAGAUCUGUUGUAUUGUUUUUAACGGAUAAGGAAGGAUAAGGAUACUCUCACUGGAGUGAGGUGGAGUUGUUUUCAGUCCCUUUUGCUCUAAACCAAAUGUCCUGUUUGAUUUAAGACAAAUAAAGUGCCAAUGGUCAGACUGUGUUAAGGCCAGAAGUCAUCAUAUUCUGAUAUGAUUAAUCAGUUUUGUUUUUUUUAAUCAAUUUUUUUUGCCACCAGAUUUCAGUCACUUGUGUCAUUGUCAUGAACACAUUCAGCCAUAACAAAAAGCUGUUUUUCAUUUUCAUUAUGCAUCCAUCCGAUUGUGUAUAAACAUGCAGUUACCAAAUAGAUUUUAUACAAAAUAAAAGAACUGCAUUG